AAUAACACAGUCAGCACUUUGAAUUGUUUCUGGACACAAAUUGGAAGCCAAUCAAGUUGGUAUAAAAUUGAUCCACUGUGGUCCAGCCUGUCAACCCAGAUUCAUAUCUGACUGUUGCUAGACAGUGAGCCACAUUUUUGGACUAUCUUCAAUGGCUGCCCCACAUUGAGUGCAUUACAAUAAUGACAGUCAUCCCAUCUGGCAGUGACUAACAGCACAACCCUAUUCAGGUCUACUCUGAAGCAAGUCCUACUGAGUUAAAAGGGAUUUACUCCCAGGGUAGCAUGUUUAACACCUGGAAGCCAAUGUGGGUUGUCUUGUUAGAAGAUGGAAUUGAAUUCUUUAAGAAGAAGACUGACAACAGUCCUAAAGGAAUGAUUCCUCUAAAGGGAAGUACCCUUACAAGUCCCUGCCUGGAUUUUGGUAAAAGGAUGUUUGUCAUCAAACUCACUACUGCCAAACAACAAGAUCACUUCUUCCAAGCCUCUCAUCUUGAGGAGAGAGAUGUCUGGGUAAAAGACAUCAAGAAAGCCAUUAAGUGCAUCGAGGGAGGUCAACGAUUUUCUAGGAAAUCUACCAGGAAGUCUAUCAAGCUUCCGACAUUGGUCAACCUGGGUACGCUGUAUCUCUCAAUGAAAGAUCCUGACAAAGGGAUACGGGAAAUGAAGCUGGAAAAAAACAAGAAAAUUUUCAACCAUUGCUUUACAGGUAGCUGUGUGAUUGAUUGGCUCCUGUCAAAUAACUCUGUCCGACAUCGCCAAGAGGGUCUAAUGCUGGCGUCUGCCCUGUUGAAUGAAGGUUAUUUUCAGUCUGCUGGGGAUAUGUCCAAGAAUGCAGCAGAAGGCCUAUCAGAAACUUCCUUCCUUGACCACGAAGAUGCCUAUUAUUAUUUUGCAGACAGUGGAUUCUUCUGUGAAGGCAACUCCAGUGAUGAUGAUGCAGUCUUCAAGGAAGAGUUCAGAGGCACAGUGGUCAAACAGGGAUGUUUACUGAAACAGGGGCACCGGAGGAAAAACUGGAAAGUACGAAAGUUUGUCCUGAGAGAGGACCCUGCCUAUAUGCAUUACUAUGAUCCUGCAGGGGGAGAAGAGCCACUUGGAGCCAUUCACUUGAGGGGUUGUGUGGUGACAGCAGUUGAAGACACACCAGAUGGCAAGAAAAAUGAAGUUGAAGGGAACCUGUUUGAAAUCAUUACUGCAAAUGAAGUCCACUAUGUAUUGCAAGCAGCCACCUCUGCAGAACGUACAGAAUGGAUCAAAGCCAUUCAGAUGGUUUCCAGGACUGGAAAGUGAAGAACUACCCACUUGAGCAAAAUAUAACCAUCUCUUAUUCAAAUGUGUUUUCUUUUCUUUUUUUUGCCCAAGCAACUCUCUGUAUCCAUUCAUGGAUAUCAGAGUGAUUCUACUUUUAAACCUUUCUUUGACAAUUAUCCAGCUUAAAAUUGGCACAGUAUUUAAUAUGCUUGUAUCCUGAUGGCUUUCUGUACCUACCGAUCAUCCCAAACACGACCAUUCGGCCCAGUCACAA